AUGUUUCCGGAGUUGAGAGCCACAGGCUUCAAAUUCUUCAUUACUCUUCAAGCCAGUUUGCUGCUACUGUGUUUCUUUCAGUGAAGAUAAUGACAAUGGCUAUUUUUGAGUCUGUAAUGUUUUUGCUGAUCAUUAGCUCAGGAUUUGGCUUGAAGCAAACCAGCACCUGUAGGCCUGUUUGUGUUGGAGAUGACUGCAUUACUGUUAACCUGGACAAAGUAGAUUUUAAAACAGCCGAGGAAGCAUGUCGUGACAGCAAAGGAGAACUUCUGACAUUUCAGUUUGAGACUGAUAAGCCAAUUUUUGACAUUUUAAGUCAAGAUUUAUUUGGAAACUUCUGGAUAGGACUGCGUUUACCAGCUGGAUCCUGCAGCAACCUUUCUCAGCCACUCAGAGGCUAUGAGUCAACCUCUGGUAACACAGACUGGAUGUUUUCUCCAUCCUUCAACACCUGGACACACAGCGCCAAACUCUGCUCUCCGCAUUGUAUAUCGCUUUCAAACAAUCAAAAAUGGACCGAGAGGCUCUGCACAGACAAAACCGAUGGGUUCCUGUGCAAAGCAAAACACAAAGAUGCAUGUCUGGCACAAGAGUUGUCAGAUUCAGUUUUUUUCAAGAGCACUGAAACUUGCAAAAGUGCUCCUUGUGAGCAUGUGUGCACUGACAUGAAGGAGGGUUAUACAUGCUCUUGUUUCAAAGGCUAUAUGCCCGACAGCAAAGACCCCAAGCGGUGCAAACUGCAUUGUGCAGCAAAGAAAUGCCCACUGAAAUGUGAGGGAAACACUGCAAGUCAAUGCUCCUGUCCUGAUGGAUUCAUAAGGAAUGAGAACUUUUGUGAGGACAUUGAUGAAUGUGAAAUGGGUGAAUGUGCUCAUCUGUGUGAAAACAACUUUGGAAGUUUUGUUUGCUCCUGCCCAGAAGGAUUUGUCCUCAAAGAUCAGGUCAAAUGCAUUAAAGCUGAAGAAACUGAAGGUUUGCUUAUUACAACUCCUGAUGCUCAAUUUGUUAAACCAGCUGCCAAAAACAACACCCUGAAGAGCUCCUCUGUGCCUGCAGGGGCUUUCCUCUGGAUAUGGGUUGUACUGGCGGUGGUUGUCAUCGUAUCUGUGCUUGUAAUUAGGGCUCUAGUUCAGCAUCGGAGGCGCAGAGAAAACGUUACUCAACAGUCUAUUGCUCCUGCAGAAAAAAUUUAAUAUUAACAAGCUCCAGAAAUAAAGACCAUGGACAUAGAAUCUAAUGUUAACAUGAUCUGUGUGCUCUUUACUGAUGUAAGUUUCUGAUUCAUCAACAUGAGCUGCUACACACAGCUGAAAUUCAAACAUAAAGCAGUGCUCAAUGUAAAGCAUCUAAUUAAAACAGAUGUUAAUUUAAAAGUAAUUUGGAUGAAAUACCUUAAAGGACAUGAUUUAUGGGUUGGAGGUUUUGUAUUUUAAAAAAUUAUCUUGUUUGGCUCUGUUUUUCAGAUCUUAAUCUAAACUAUAUUUAAAAGUAGGGAAUUUUGUGAAGAAACUGGUCUCUAAUUUCAACUCCUUUGUUCUUACCUCUUUGUCAUUUGUCCCCUUCAAAGAGUCAACAGUUCAGCACAAGCGUCCACCACAGACGCCCAAAAUGACCAAACCUCCCAAAAGAUGCCGGGGGAGAUGAGAAUUUGACUUUUUUUUUAUAAAGUGAGUGAUAUUUUCAGAUAUAUACUGUGCUUAUUUGUAAAUGUAUUAGAGUUUAAAAUGAAUUACAAAAAGAUUAAGCAAAUUAUGGAAACUUUAACUUGAAAAACACACACACACACACACACACACACACACACACACACACACACAAUACAUUCUUUCUUGGGUUUUAUUUUUAUUUUUUUGUGUUUUUAGUUUGUUAAAAUUCUGUAAAAUUCUGACCUACACUGUUCCUAGCUAUCAUAUAUUACCUAUUAAAUAGGAAUUUGUGUAAAAUGUGUAACUUUAGAAUAAUUUUAGGAUGUAUAAGAACUUUCCUGAGUUGUACAUGGGAGUGUGUGCUCGGAAAACCGUUCAGGGUUAACGCUACAAAGAUGGUAAUGAAGUGUAAUAAUUCACCUUGACUCCAAUUAUAUGUCAACUACAUGAAAGAAAAAGUAUGAAAAGCUUAAUUUUCUGUAAUUCUGUGCGACUUGAUCACUACUGCCAGGGUAAUUCUAAAACAUAAAAGUAGAGUAAUAUCUCGAUAAACAUAAUUGUAAAAGUUUUAUAUAUACAUAUAUAUAAGCAAUGUAGAAGAUAUUGCAGAACUGUUUGGACUCCAAUAACAGCCAGCACUCGUGUGUCAAUUUCACAUACCAGCCUUUAUUUUCAUUGUGAGCCACAUAUAUGUGACCUAUAUGUUUUUUUGUUGUUGUUGUUGCUUGUUUGUUUGUGUUUUGUUUUGGUGCUCUGUUUGUACAGUUGUUGAAAGAUGGGUGAAGCUGAAAUAAAGAA